AUGUUCAAGCUCGCUCGUAGCCGGCCCUUUACGGCUGCUUUCCAGGCCAGCAAGGUCUACACGCCGUCGCGAUUGGCUGGUGUUGCACAACAGAAGAGAGCUCUGAGCUUACAUGAAUAUCUAUCUGCGGAUAUCUUAAGACAAUAUGGAGUUGGUGUCCCACAAGGUGCCGUUGCGUCGACAGCAGCCGAAGCCGAGGCUGUUGCUAAGAAGAUUGGCGGCGAUGAUAUGGUAAUCAAGGCACAAGUCCUCGCCGGUGGACGUGGAAAGGGCACAUUUGACAAUGGCUUGAAAGGAGGAGUCCGCGUUAUCUACUCGCCCACAGAGGCAAAGAUGUUUGCGGAGCAGAUGAUUGGGCACAAGCUUGUUACAAAACAAACAGGUGCGGCUGGCCGUCUCUGCAACUCUGUCUACAUCUGCGAGCGUAAAUUUGCUCGACGAGAGUUCUACCUCGCUAUCUUGAUGGACCGGGCUUCCCAAGGGCCAGUUAUCGUGUCUUCAUCCCAGGGUGGUAUGGAUAUCGAAACUGUUGCAAAGGAGAGCCCCGACGCCAUCACCACCACAUACAUCGACAUCCACAAGGGAGUUACAGAUGAGAUCGCCCGAAAAAUUGCAACUGAUCUUGGCUUCAGUGAGCAAUGCAUCGAGGACGCAAAGGACACCAUUCAAAAGUUGUACAAGGUCUUCAUGGAGAAGGAUGCUACCCAAAUCGAGAUCAACCCGCUCUCUGAGACCUCAGACCACCAGGUUCUCGCGAUGGAUGCCAAGCUUGGCUUUGAUGACAACGCCGAGUUCCGUCAAAAGGAGGUUUUCUCCUUGCGAGAUACCACCCAGGAGGAUCCUGAGGAGGUUCGCGCUGCUGAGUCCGGCCUUAACUUCAUUAAGCUUGGAGGUGACAUUGGCUGCCUCGUGAACGGUGCUGGUCUUGCCAUGGCAACGAUGGAUAUCAUCAAGCUUAAUGGAGGAGAGCCUGCCAACUUCCUUGACGUCGGAGGUGGUGCCACACCAGCAGCUAUCAGAGAGGCAUUCACCCUCAUCACAAGUGACCCUAAGGUUACAGCUAUUUUUGUUAACAUCUUCGGUGGUAUUGUGCGAUGCGAUGCCAUUGCAAAGGGUCUUAUCAGCACUGUUGAGAGUAUGAAUCUGAGAAUCCCAAUUAUUGCUAGAUUGCAAGGAACAAACAUGGAGGCGGCGCACCAGUUGAUCAACGAGUCUGGCCUGAAGAUUUUCUCUAUUGAUGAUCUUCAAAGUGCGGCUGAGAAGGCAGUGCAGUUCUCCAAGGUUGUGAAGAUGGCUCGUGAUAUUGAUGUUGGCGUCGAGUUCUCUCUCGGUAUUUGA